AGAGGCAUCCGUGCCGUUCUUGAAUCGCCAAACAAAUCUCCGACCACUCCUCGGCAGUACUACGCUGUAUUGUGAUUUUCCCUUUCCUAUCGAGCCGGGUUCUGAGUUGCCUUCCCUCGUUGAUUUCCUGUCAUAUCUGCAAACAUGGACUCGACACUGGCGCCACCCAAGCCGAAUCCACAUCAAGAUAGCGGACGCCUUCCGCAUGAUUACCACGUCGAUAUGGAGCAAACCAACGAGCCUCUGAUACUCAAGGACGAGGACUGGGAUCUCUACUCGGUUUCUGCUGUCGCCGCCGUGCAGAUGCUGGCCCAAGCACUGCAAUCCCUGUCCAACAUUACUGGUGAUGUCGUGUGUACGACGCCUGUAUACCAAAGACAACAAAUGUUCCACCCUCCCGCAACCAUUCCUGAAGCCUCGUCGGAUCCGCCCUCUCCCGACUCCACCACACCACCCGCUCAUACGCCCGAGUUGCAAGGCUCACCAACUCUCGCUCCACAUCACUGCGUGCCUGUCCAUCACAUCGGCGCUCCCGAGGCCAAACGCGACGAACCCAUUGCUCCGCCAGCCGAUUACUCGCCCGCACCAGACCCAGCCGAAGCCAACGCCCUCCAGCUCGCAGCCGUGUCGCGACGCUUCUUCCUCAAGGCUGCUCCGCCGUUUUCAAUUACCGACUACCUUCUGCGUAUACACAAAUUCAGCCCACAUUCGCCUGGCGUCUAUUUAGCCGCCGCCUCAUACAUACAUCGCCUAUGCGUUGUCGAGACCAUGGUACCGGCCACCCCUCGCACCGUACACCGCUUAGCACUUGCCGCAAUCCGGAUAGCUAGCAAGUCAUUGGAAGACAACAAGUGGACACAGGAGCGUAUCGCCCGUCUGGGCGGCAUAAGCACAAAUGAGCUUAGAAAGCUCGAGAUCAGUUUCUGUUAUUUGCUCAACUUUGACCUUUUCUUGAGACCAGAAGAUUUGCAGCGUUCAAUGUGGUUGCUCCAGAGCACCGCUCGUCAAGGUCUCUCCGUCAGGAGACGCCUCAGCGAGGGCUUCAUCAUGCGACUACCUCCCAGGCUGUUACCCGAGGCCGCUAUCGGAGCAUGAUUACGACUUUGAACACACGAAUUAUGCCUUGUUAACGACUGUCUCAAGAUGAUGAUAAAUAUGUGGCGCAACAGAGCAUUUGGCGUUGAUUAUGGGCUGGAAUAUCGGCGUUGUGAGUAGCCUGGCGUUUGAGAACGA